AUGGACCCACCAUCAAAUCCCACUCCACAACCCCCAAUCCAAAGCAUCAUUCCCUCUCAACCUCAACCCAAUCCUAAGGGAGGAAUCAAUGCCAUCACUCUAAGAUCCGGAACACAAUUAAAAGAGAAGGGAGCAAAGGAUUCAAACCCCAUCACAACCGCUCAAGAGGAAGAGAGAAUAAAUAUAGAUGAGGUAGUGGAAGAGGAGACACCACAAGUCAUAGUUGAGGAUGAAGAAGCUCAACCAACAAAAGAGACCCCCAAGACGAAGAUAACCUUGGAAGAAGAAAUUGCUCAACCACUCCCAUUUCCAACACUUGCAAAGAAAGCUAAGAAGCGCAUAGAGCUCAACCCCAAAAUGAUAGAAAUGUUCAAAAAAGUCAAGGUAACCAUCCCCCUCUUUGAUGCUAUCCAUCAAGUUCCUAGAUAUGCCAAAUUCCUCAAAGACUUAUGCAUAAAUAAGGAUAGAAUUCUUGAAUUGGAAACCAUCCCACUGGGGAGCUCUAUUUCCGCUUUAAUGGGAACAUUGCCCGAGAAGUGUGAUGAUCCGGGCCCUUGUAUGGUCACUUGCACAGUCAAUGGAGUUCAAUUUAGAUAUUGUAUGUGUGACCUCGGAGCAUGUGUUAGCAUCAUGCCACUCUCCGUCUACCGGGUAUUGAAGUUGCCACCACUAAAAAGGUCGACGGCAAGAUUUGUCCUAGCGGAUAAAAGCAUAAUAACCGUAGCGGGUGUUGCGGAAGAUGUAUUGGUGAAUAUAAAAGGGUUGGUGUUUCCGAUUGACUUCUAUGUCCUUGAAAUGCCAUCAAGCGAAAUCGAGAGAGCAUCGUCUAUCCUACUUGGAAGGCCAUUCUUGAGAACUUCUAGAUUUAAACUUGAUGCUUACUCGGGGAACUACUCAUUUGAAAUAGAUGGAAGAAUUGUAAGCUUUAGCCUAGAGGAAGCAAUGAAGCAUCCACCGGAGAACCACUCUUUAUUUCGGUGUGACCCAAUCGAUAACAUAGUGGCCGAAGUGCAUCUUGCAAGGUUAGAUGAGAAGUAUAUGGUUGAAGAAGCAAAUGAAAAGUCAAGCGAACUAAAUACCACACAUCAUACAAACCAUCUGGAAACUCAAACUUCAAAGAAUGACAAAAAGAUGGAAUUGAAGCCACUACCACCUCACUUAAGGAAAGAUUGGAGCAUUAAACUCUCCGAUGCACUGUGGGCCUAUCGAACGGCUUACAAGACACCGAUCGACAUGAGCCCCUUCCGGCUUGUAUAUGGUAAAGCAUGUCACUUACCGGUGGAGAUUGAACACAAAGCUUAUUGGGCCGUAAAGGAGUGUAAUAUGAGCUUGGGUGGGGCCGGAGUCGAGAGAAAGCUUCAAUUGGCGGAAUUGGAAUGUUUGAGAUUAGAAGCUUAUGACAACGCCAGGCUUUAUAAGGAAAAGUUGAAAGCCAUCCAUGACAAGAACAUUAGGAGAAGAGAGUUCCGACCCGGUGACCUAGUCCUCCUCUACAAUUCAAGGUUGAGAUUACUACCCGGAAAGCUUAGAUCAAGGUGGGAUGGACCCUACCAAGUGGAGAAAGUAGAACCUUAUGGGGUCUACCACUUGCGCCACCCAACAAGCCCGGACAUCUUCAAGGUAAACGGGCACCGUCUCAAAUUAUAUCAUGGUGAGCAAAGAAAGAACUCCAAGGAAUUUGAAGUGUUCCUCUUGAGGGAUGCAACUCUUGAACAAGCACUAUGA